UGCCGCUGUUGUAGUGUUUCACCGGAAAUCAGCGGUGGCUCUUUGAAGUCCCCUGGCCAGCACUAUGACCUUCGAGGCUGUCAAGUAGCUGGUGAAAAAAGAAAAAAAAACUUUAAUGUUACAAUUUUAAAGCUGAAACAAUGAUAAAUAUUACAAUGUAUUAAACAGAUCUCUAUUGUGGUAUCCAUAAUCCAUAAUUUUUUAUCAGAAAAUUGGCGUGCAGGCUACAGAAAUCUACUGACAUUGAUAUAUACUCCAGUGUAUUGCACAGAUUUCUAAUAUGGUAUAAAAUAUUCAUAAUUUACUAUCAGGUACUAUGCAUGCAUGCUAAAGAAAUAUACUGCUGUGCAACUGAGCUACAUACCUUGCUGCACUGAGGUCCACAGUGACUUCCUCAAAUGGUUGCAAGAUUGUGCACAUUUCUUGCACUGUGAUCCAUUCCUCCUGGGACAGGUGGCGGACAGGUGCAUUGAUGACGGCCAGGGUGGAGAUUAUGGCAUUUUUACUGGCAAUAAAGCCUUUCAACAUGUAGUAGGUGGAAUUCCACCUUGUAGGACAAUCCUGUUUCGGUCGGAGCUCCUCCAUCUUCAUUUGUAGUUGAGUCUCCUUCAGUUUUUGUGCCCCCACGGUGCUUCUGUGAAAGUAUUCCACUGCCUCUUUCACCUUAUCAAUGAUGGGCUUUUAAGCUUGCAGGACAUCUCUUACCACCAGGUUAAUAGUAUGGGCCAGGCAUGGUAGGUGCAUCCAUCCAAUGGUUUGUAUAGCCUUAGUAACAUUUGCCGCAUUAUCGGUUAGGCAGCACACUACUUUCUUGUCCACCCCCCACUCUGCUGCAACACUAAGCAGCUGUUGUGCAAUGUUGUCUGCUGUGUGCCGCUCACUGAAUUCAAAACAGUCCAGGAGGCAGGAGGCCACACGGAAAUCCUCGAUAAAAUGGCAGGUUACAGACAAAUAUGAUGCUGUCGUUCUUGAAGUCCAACAGUCUGUGGUUAAACAGACAGCUGGUACUUUUGACACCCUUUUAUGCAAAGAUGCUGUCUCCCUGUCAUACAUAUCCGUGACCUUCUGGGCUAGUGCCUUCCUACUUGGAGGAAUGUAGGAGGGGUUGAGCGCCUGUGAAUAUUUUUUUAAUCCUGUGUCCUCCACUAUUGAGAAAGGCUGGAAGUCAGUGGCUAUCAUCUUUGCCAGCUCUUCGUCUAUCUUCUCCUGUCUUAAUGGGGUCACGACAGGAGGUAAAUAUUGACUGAUGGAUGUCUGCUUUCUUUUUGGUCGUGCCUGGCCAGGCGAUGUGGUGGGCCCAGUGGGGUCAGAGGCUGCUGUGGCUGCAGUUGCACUUGAUGUGGAGGCAGAGGAGGCAAUGGACACAUCAGUGUCACUGUUGUUGUCUGAGUCUGGCUCUGCUCUCAAACCUGUGACCUGCAGUGUUGGGCGUUGAGUAUUCAAAUGCCUGUGUAAAUUAUUUAUUGACCCAGACUUAAAUGAAAUGACUUUUUGACAAACGCUGCAUUUAGCCUUACUGUUUUCUUCCCGAGAAAAGUGCACCCAAAUGCUGCUCCUUUUCCUCUGGCUGUUUUUCAGACGUGUCACGUGUGUGUCUUCUUCCUUCGAACGACCCGCUAUUACUGACGUUGGCACUGAGACAGGGGCACUCGCACGUGUUUUGUUUUUGUUUGUUUUUUUAACUGGAGUAAGCAUGUGACGGCAGCGGGCACAAGUCAUGGCUCCGCUCCUACCCAAUGACAGAGGCACACUCACACACCAUUCACUCACACAUGCACACCUACGGGCAAUUCAGCAACUCCAAUUAGCCUCAGCAUGUUUUUGGACUGUGGGGGGAAACCGGAGUAGCCGGAGGAAACCCCACGACGACACGGGGAGAAUAUGCAAACUCCGCACACAUGUGACCCAGGCGGAGACUCGAACCCGGGUCCCAGAGGUGUGAGGCGACAGUGCUAACCACUGCACCAUCAUGCCGCCCCCUCUGUGUAAAACACGCAUAGGAAAAAAACGUCACAACUCAGUUGAUCAUUUUAGUUAGCUGGCUGGCGAGGGAUACUCAAGUCGAGACAAGUCUGCAAACACCUUUACAUGUACGUACGAUUUUUAUUUCCGUGUAAAUACUGUAGUCUGCAGGGUUUGCACACUACCCCAACGCUUUUGAUAUCGCCAAUUUUAAUUGUUAUAAUAGAAUAAUAUAGUUUUGCCGUAAGAUUUCUUGCCAGUCCUUACGCGUGAGAGCUGGCAAGCCAACUCCGGAGAUUUAGGGACAGUCGAUACAUAGUUACCCGAAUAACAAAAAUAAACAGGAGUUGUUCUAAGCUUUGGGAUGGCAUUCCGCAAAAGUUAUUAUCGCGCAGUGGGCUUUGCAGUUUAAGAGUUUGCCUGUGUAUGCAGCGACGCGUUUCCGGAGCGGUCUGCCUAGAAAUCAAUGAAUGAAACUACAGAAGCUAUGCUCAUAAAACAGGAAACCUCAACAGACUAUAAUGUGAAGGAAACGAUACUUCAAACUACAUUAUUCUGACAGGGGCUUUUGUUGUAAUCGUGCACGUUUUCCCGUAAGUACGAGUCUUAAAUAGAAGUCCAAAUCCUCCGCAUCGAAGCUGCAUCGCGAUGGCGACAUGGAUGCUCUUCUCCUGCUGUCUUCUUAUGAUGAAUUCAGCUCAAACCAUUGAGGUCCCUCUUGGAGACAAGGCUGUUCUACCCUGCAAUGGAUCAGGAUAUGGAGAUACUUUCACUGAGCCGAAGAGCGUCACGUGGCAGACCCAAGAUCAGAUAGUGGUCGAGUACAAUGGAACGGGGCUCAAGAUUGGCCCUGGGUUUGAGGCCAGAGUACAGGUUGACAUGAAGAAGUUCCAAGAAGGAGACUUCACACUAACCUUGUACCCCACAUUCUACAACGAUGGUGACGUGUAUGAAUGUGUGUGGAAUAGGGGUGCAACAGAUCAGGCAUUUCUUGGGAGUGUCUCGGUUAAAGUAUUAGCCCCUCCUGUUCCAGCCCCUCUCUCCGUCAUGGUGGGGCAGCCUGCCACCCUGCCCUGCUACGCUCACAUGUACAGGCAUAAGAGCCACAAUGCCGUUUCUUUUCAGUGGAAGAAAGGCCAACAGGAAGUUCUGACGAUGAAAUCAGGAGAGAUCACUUGUGGUUUGCAGUACCAAAGCCGAAUCUCUGUGUCACUAGACCGGAUCCGACAGGGGGACCUGUCGCUCACCGUGGAAAGUGUCCGUCCCGCCGAUGAAGGUGUUUAUUCCUGCUCUUAUGAACUGAACGACCACCCUGAAGAUGGAGACCCUGGCAGUGCCCGGGUGAUGGUUACAGCUUAUACAGCCAACGUCUCGUUGUCUCUGGGAGAGUCUUUCCACCUGCCGUUCUACACGGAGAAUCCAGUGAGGGUCCAGUUCUCCAAGGCAGGUUCUGACCAUCCAGUGAUUCUGUGCUCUGUACAUAACGACCAAGCCCAGUGGAACGCGAAUUACAGUCGGCAAGCUUUCGUCCAGAAUAGCACUCUGUUCUUGGACAGUGUCACUUCAGCUGAUGAGGGGCUGUACACAGUGCAGGACAUGCUGACUAACCGGACCGUCGCUGCUGUCUCUCUGAGCGUGACGAAGGGCCACACAGAACCACGAAUUUGGCCGCUUGCAGGUACAGCUCUGGUUGUGCUGAUGGUUGCACUUGUAUGGAUUUUCAUAAAAAAGAGAAGAAGGAAACGUUCCUCAAACACAAGCACAUAUCAGGGUUAGAAAUAGCAUCGGAAAUAUCUGCGGACCCCCCCGACCCCCCCCCGUGAGCUCUGUGACGUUGCUUAUUUAUUUACACUUAUUCUGCCUCUGGUUGCUUUUUAAUACUUUUGCAUUUUGUGUUCUUCUUAAAUAAAAUUUAUUUUCUUUGUAAGAAUAA